CAGAUUGGGAAAUCCUUUGCAGCUGCGCGUCUUUGUGCGUCGCUCGCUCUGCGUCUAUGUCUACUUGAUAUUGCUGGCAGUGCCCCAAUGGAUGUAUCUGACUACAGUGGCUGCCGAACAGCACAUUAUCUAUCCCUUGAGCUGUUUCCUUGCUGCGCUGCUGCUGCUGACUGCAGCUCAACUAAAAUUGCUGCAGCAGGAGCUGCGCUACUUGUGCGUAUUUUUGUUCUAUGAGCUGAUCACGCUGGGCUUGGGCACUUAUCUAAUGAACAACGAUAUGCAGCUGAUCAAGUGGGCAGUAGCUAUGGCGCUGCUGGAUUUUGUUUUGACGGGCUUGCUGCUCUAUCUGCACUACGAGCUAAUGUUGCUCGCCUGCUUCAUAUUCACACAAUGGAUCAAGACCUUCAAGCAGCUAAGGCUGCCACGUGUUGUCUGACGUGCUGGCAUGCAAGGCUGCAUAUCAAUGCAAUUCCCAUCAGCAAUCAGCAAUCCCAGCUUGAUUUCUAUACAUGAAUCAUCGACUUACCGUUUGCCGUUGCCUUUUAUGUCUAUUGGCCUCCAUCAUCCAGCGGCCUCAAUCACGUUCCAUAAUCAGCGUACUCUCCCAUCUGUCAACUCUCUGAAUCAUUCACGCGAUAUACGUGACUUUCGGCUGAAAAG